CUUCUUCUUCUUCUUCUUCUUCUUCUUCUUCUUCAAACUUCGAUUGCAAUUAAAUAUAUUAAUUAAGCUCUCUUCCCAUCACUGAUCACAGUCACAGCCAAGCGAUGGCCUUCAAAUACUGCCUUCUCUUGGGUCUGUUCUUGGUGGCCGCCGCCAGCAUGGCAAUGGCAGCUCAAGCCCAGAUGGGACUUGGCGGCGGCCUCCUCGCACUGAUGCGAAUUCAAGGCACUGUCUUCUGCAGCGCCAAUGUCACCGACGUACCUAUCAAUAAUGCCACUGCAUCCCCAGUUUUCCCCAAUGCCGUAGUGCAAUUGCAGUGUGGAGCAGGAAACACAGUGGUCGCCGGCGCCACCACCGAUGGGUUUGGACUUUUCUCCAUCGUCUUGGACCCUCUUCAGAACGUCCUCUCCACCCUCCUCACCGGCUGCACCCUCGUCGUCAAGACCCCUCUCUCCACCUGCAACGCGAAUCUUCCGGCCGCCGGCCGACUUCUGUCCUCCCUGCAGUUCGUCGGAAACACCCUCGUAGGCCCCUUCAACGUCUCCAACGUCGUCCCCGCCGGAUUUCAGUUCCUUCCGAACCUUAAUUAACUAACUAAUUAAGAAUAAUUGCAUCAUAUCAAUGGGGUUGGUUGCUUUAAUUGCCAAUUUGCCAUAUAUCUAUAUAUAUAUGUGCGUGUGUGCGUCUGUCUGCAACUGCAAUCCGCAAUCUGCAACCUGCAGUGUGUGUCCUGUAUUUUAAUUUCUUUGAAGCUUUCUAUAUAUGUCGUGUGUUAAAGACUUAGAAAUGAUGAAUUUUAAUUCCAUGGCUUUGCCAUAUAUAAUAUAUGGCUGUAUUAUUGCCAUGUAAUAAUUAUUGAAGUAUAAUUACCAAAGUUUCUUGUUUAA